AAUGACAAACGCCCCUGAAUAUUUCGUUUGUCAAACAAACCCAUUGGCCUGAUUCCUCCGGAUCGUCACGUCAGUUUCUCUUUAAUGUGACUUUCUGCUUCUAUUCACAUUCAAAAUCAUCCGUUCUUUCAUUAUAAAGUUUAAUAUUUCGGCACAUCAGACUAUUUGGAGAGUACAAGCGAUUUAAUUUUUUGGUGUAAUCAGAGAAAAGUGACGAAAUAAAAUAUAACCGGCGAUCAAAAUGGUCAAGCCCCCGCGAAAAAUGUCGAAGCUCGUUGUAUCAGCGAUAAAACAUCUUCAAGACGCUCAGGGAUCAACGGCAAAGGAUAUCCUCAAUUACGUCGUGAGGGAGUGCAAUGCGGAACCGUCGAUGGAGAAAAGACUUCAUACGGCCUUGAAGCGCGGCCUGGAGUACGGAAUAUUAAAGCGAUUGCAUGGCCACUACACCCUGAAUACCGAUCCUGAGAUGCUCCAGGAUCCAGGACCGAUGGAGCGAGGACGGAGGAGACGUCGUCGUCGCAGACGCGGACGAAGUGGAAAGAGCAAGUCAAGACGUGGACGCGGUCGCAAGAAGAGGAGACGCGGAGGACGAAGGAAAGGCCGGGGCAGGAGUCGUGGACGUCGUAGCCGUCGGGGCAAGAGUAGACGAGGUCGACGGAGCGGUCGACGGAUGCGAUCCCACGGUAAUGACGACAUCGAUAUUCUAUCGAAAGAACCUCUCGAGUCGUCGCGACCGAAUAUCGAGGGCCCGGGGCCGGAUUUUGAGCGGCCGCGGAGCAGAAGUCACUCCAGGAACAGCCGGAGCCGGAGUCACACACCGACUCACAGCCAAUCGUCAUUGAGCAGCGAUCGAGAGGACGUCCGUGGGAAUCCCCAAACUGAAUAGAUCACCAACGACUCCGUGACUCUAGCCUUGUGAGCAAUUUUUGAGCGGUCAGACCUGAUUUUGAGCGUUUGAGGAGCUAAAGUCGAUUGAGGAACUGCCGGAGGGCAAUCAUCACACAGACAACACCUUUCUAUCAUUUUUUCAAACCAUUUUUGUCAUGAUAAUCCGGACAUAACCUCGUUAUGUCAAAGAGAUGUCUAACAAUCUCAAUAAAAUUCGUCAUAGUCACUCGA